AAUGAUACACGUGUACAUAUUUAUAGAUGGUGAUAAAGAUACAGCACUAACUAAUGACAUUCUUGAGGGACUAAUAGAAGAAGAGGAGGAGGAGGAAAGAGGAGAGGGAGAUGGAGAGGGAGAGGAUGAUGAUGAUAGUUGGAUUACUCCUGAUAAUUAUCAGUCAGUUUGUGAUGGUAUUGGUGGAUUGAUGGAGGAGACUAUUGAUGAGAUAUCUGUUGGUUGUAUGACCACUGACUAUGCUAUGCAGAAUGUCCUAUUACAGAUUGGUCUUAAUGUAGUCUCCAUUGAUGGAAUGUUAAUCAAGAGAAUAAGAACCUACUCUCAACAAUGCAAGGCCUGCUUCAAGGUUUAUUUUAAAAGUGGUCUGUUGUUUUGUCCUAACUGUGGCAACAAGUCAAUGAUUAAAGUGCUAGCUGAUGUUGGUAAAGAUGGCCUCACUCAUUAUUCAUCACUCAGUGAUAAACAGUUCAGCCAUAAAGGACUCAGAUAUUCCUUACCAUUACCCAAAGGUGGUCGUAGACCUGAUCAGCUCCUCCUUUCUCCGGCCCAAAGACUCACAUUUCGUCUUCCUCGUUCUCGUAACAAAUCCCACCCACUGGACCCAGACUACAUCAGUCAAACGUCUCCGUUUUCUUUUAACGAUGUCACUAGUCGUGGGGCACAGAUUGCGUUUCGUGCCGGAGGAGGGCGUGGUCGAGUGGGAGUGGCUUGGCAUAGAAACCCAAACCAGGUUAGAAAGAAGAGGAAAUGAGUAUAAACAAGAAAUAAAAACAAUGAUACUGUUGUUGUUUUUCUGGUUUAAAAUGUAAAUAGAGUAUGAUUAUCAUUAUCAUAAUAAUAAUAAACAAAGAAAAUAUAUUUGAUAAAAACACGAUUGUACAUUAUUGACAUGAUCAUUGUACACAAA